AUGGGCGACGACGACUACGAGCAUUGGCCAGAGGCGGGCAAGCAGCAGUGCACCACACCCGCCGCUCCGGCCGCCGGCUUCGACAGUCACAACGGCCUGCACACUCACUCCUACCUCGCCGCGGCGAAAGACCCAUCUCCAACACCUGCACCCGACAUGACGGUCUACGAGACUGCUUCCUACCCUUGCGCUCCUCAGCCCGUCUACUAUCCUCAUCCGGCCGCCACUUACGCCGCUCCACAACAGUACUACGCCGUCCCGCAGCCGAUUGCGCAGCAGCAAACCUACGCCGCCCCACAGCCGAUGCCUCAGCAGCAGAACUACGUCGUCGCGCAGCCAAUGCCGCAGCAGCAGAUGUACGGCGGCUAUCCGCAACAGGUAUACGGUGGCAACCCACAGCCAGGCUACUACGGCUACCCUCAGCCCAACAUGGCACCCGCGGGUCCAGUCAUCGCGGUGGCUCCACCAGCUGCAAAGUCAGUGACACCCCCACCAACACCAGCAGAGCCCAUACCCGAGCCCGCUCCCGCCAAGAACAACACUCACUUCUACGUUCCUAGAUUCACCGGUGGUGAAGAAGCGGUCGUCAUCCCGCAGCCCAGCGCCUGGCUCGGUCGUACGAAAGCUCAAGUCGAGGAGGACAAUUCGAAGAUUGCCAAGGAGCAGGGCGCUUGGGAUGCGCGCAAGAUGGUGCCGAAAGACGUGCCUGAUGAUCAGGUGUUGUGGGUCAUUGAGCUCGACAAUACCAAGACGCUUCGUACGUUCAAGGACAUCAAGGACAUGAAAGGAGAGUGGAAGCGCGACCCACGCUAUCCUGAUGCCUGGUACUUCAUCCGCGAGGAAGAAGAGAAGAAGUAG